UUUCUUUUCCGUCUCUGUUCUCUAUUUCCUUCCAUUUCCGUCGCCAUAAACUAGCUAGCAUCAAACAUGAACAACCCUAGUGUAAGAUUUAAGACAUUGCUUGUUCUUGUUCCCAUUUCAGCUCUUGUCUUAGCCUUACUUUUGUCUGUAAUAAUUCUAAAAACUAUCCCUAAAACCACACAAAUCCGUCAUUUUCACGUCCAAAAUCAUCUCCAAGCAGCUUACUCAGCAUGCGAGGGCACUUUGUAUCCCGAGCUUUGCGUCUCCACCAUUGCGGUUGUCCCAGAUCUCCCAUCCAAGUCCCUCCCGGAGCUCAUCACUGCAAUCUUGCACCAAACAAUGUACGAGGUCAGACUCUCCUCUGCAAACAUAACCAACAUCGGGAAGAAUCUCAAAAGUUACAACGCAUUGGAAGAGACGGCCAUUAAUGAUUGCCUCGAGCUUUUCGAUUACACCGUCGCGGAGCUUAAACUGGUCCUCUUCGAUCUUGCACCGAAGAGAUUACCGGUGUUCAAGACCAACAAACAUGACUUGCAGACGUUUUUAAGCGCGGCAAUGACGAACCAGUACACUUGUUUCGACGGGUUCGCCCGUAGCGACGGCCAUGUUCGGAGCAUCAUCAAGAACGGCCUCCACAACAUCUCUCAUCACGUCAGCAACUCCCUUGCGAUUCUCAACAAGGUCCACGGAGUCAACAAAUCGAAAUCCGAGGCUUUCACUGAACAUAAACGCGUGAAAAACGGGUUCCCGACAUGGUUAUCCUGGAAAGAUCGGAAACUGUUGCAAGCUUCGGUUAACGAAACCAAGUUUGAUCUCGUCGUUGCCAAGGACGGCACUGGGAACUUCACCAACAUCACCGCCGCUGUUGCCACCGCUCCGAACAACAGUGACACGAGAUUUGUGAUCUAUAUAAAAGCCGGGGCUUAUUUUGAAAAUGUGGAAGUAGAAAGGAAGAAGACAAUGCUGAUGUUCGUGGGAGAUGGGAUCGGGAAGACAGUGGUGAAGGCCAGCAGAAACGUGGUUGAUGGAUUCACGACUUUCCGAUCUGCCACAGUCGCUGUGGUGGGAGACGGUUUCAUAGCCAAAGGGAUUACCAUUGAGAACUCAGCAGGCCCUAGCAAACAUCAAGCGGUGGCGUUAAGGACUGGCUCCGACCUUUCUGCAUUUUAUAAGUGCAGCUUCGUCGGCUACCAAGACACUCUCUACGUCCAUUCCUUAAGGCAAUUCUAUCGCGAAUGCGACGUAUACGGCACCAUCGACUUCGUCUUCGGAAACGCGGCUGCGGUUUUCCAAGGUUGCAAUCUUUAUGCUCGUAAACCGAAUCCAAACCAAAAGAACAUUUUCACAGCACAAGGAAGAGAAGACCCUAACCAAAACACCGGCAUUUCGAUUUUGGACAGUAAGAUUGCAGCCGCGGCGGAUUUGAUACCGGUGAAGUCGUCGUUCAAGACGUAUUUGGGACGACCUUGGAAAGAGUAUUCAAGAACCGUUAUUAUGCGUUCGUACAUCGAUGACUCGGUCGAUCCUGCGGGAUGGUUAGAAUGGAAUGGGACGUUUGGUUUGAGUACACUCUACUAUAGGGAGUAUAUGAAUAGAGGGCCAGGGUCGAAUACGAGUGCAAGGGUAACUUGGCCUGGUUAUAGGGUCAUCAACAAUUCAACUGAGGCAAACCUGUUCACUGCCGGGGCGUUUAUACAGGGAAAUGAAUGGCUAAAUUUUACUGAUAUUCCAUUCUCUCUCGGUUUGUAGAUCAUUGGCGGUUCAUUUAAAGACCUGCUCUUGUUGU